AUGAAAAGCGGCAAGUACAGCCUGGGGUCGCGCAGCAUGGCACUGCGAGUAAGGAAGAGCGAGAUCGAGUACUAUGCCAUGCUGGCAAAAACAGGAGUCCACCACUUCCAUGGUGACAACAACGAGCUGGGAACGGCUUGCGGUCGGUACUACCGGGUGAGCUGCCUGUCCAUCACCGAUCCGGGCGACUCCGACAUUAUCCGAUGGCAGAAGCGCGGAGUCGAGUAUGGCACGGAGCAAAAGAGUGUCAUGAAUCUUGAAGUCUGCACUUGGGAUUCCUUUGAAGAUGUGGAUCCACCUCGCAUACUGGGUCUCGAGCGUGCCGAUCUUGCCAAAUGGAAAUGCAUUCUGAUUGCCAUGACGGCGAAGCAUGCGAAGCGCGAAGCUUCGAUGCACAGGGCGUCGGAGCAUCAGGCGAAGGACAGAGAUGUCGACGAUUCUUUUCCCAUUACGGCGGACACGGCCACCAAGAAGGAGUGUGGCUUUGCAGCUGACACUGUUGGUACUUGGAUUGGGUGCGAGCUUUGCCAUCCCUGUGCCCUCAAGGCGUGUCAUGCUAGCGGUAGGCAGCCGCGGCACGCUGGUAUUGCUGGUCAUGCAAGCGGCUUCACGGGAUGUCGCCCAAAUCCUCCCGCACAGAUCCUGGCGCGAUCCAGCGUGCCAGGGGUCUACCCUUUCUGGGUCCUCGACUGGUCCUUUCUGGGUCCGCAAGCGCUGCUGUGUGCAGCGGUCCUUUUCUUCUCCGGCGUCCUCUGCUCGGCGGCGGGCAUUGGCGGAGGUGGCAUUUAUGUAUCUUUGCUGAUGGUCCUCGGUGGUCUGAGCACCCGCGAUGCAGUGCCGCUCUCUAAAGGAAUUGUGUUUUUUGGAUCAAUGGCCUCCUUGGUGCUCAACAUGCGUAAAGCUAGCAAGAAGAACAAGGUCAUCCACUAUGGAAUAUGCCGUGUGGUGGUACCUUCUGCCUUGGUCGGCACACUCUUCGGAGUGCUGAUAAACCACACGGCUGGGGACCGCCCCAUUUUGCUGCUGUUGAUGAGCAUCCUCACCUUCAUGGCAUACUCGUCAGUCCGGACGACGUGGCGUCAGGCCGUUGCCGAGUGGGGGAGCUCGACUGCAGCUGCUGCCAAGGAGGCGAAAGCUGACAGGGCGGCUUCAGCCGGCAGCCCUUGGCAGAAGAGCGACGUAUUGGGAGGACUUGGCAUGCUCUUGCUGGUGGUUGCGUGUGGUGCUGCGAGGUUCCAUCUGCACAGCUGGCAAAGCUUGUGCAACCACACAGCUUUGAUCCAGAAGCUGCUGCUGCUGCUUCCAAUCUCUGUGUGCACUUGCGCGACAGUGUACAACAGCUACAUGUGCAUUGGCGAGGAAUGUCUGCUUCGUGAGGACGUCGUGAAGUAUGCCCUCAUGGCAGCAUUCACUGGUUGCUUUGCUGGGCUGGUGGGCAUUGGAGGUGGGCUCAUUUUCAGUCCCUUCUUCCUCCUGAUGGGCGUAGAUCCGUCUGUGGCUGUUGCUACUUCUUCGACCUGUGUUAUCUUCACGUCGGCCUCCACCACUUUUCAGUAUCUGCUGACCGGGAGAAUCAUUAUGUCGCUGGCUCUUUUCUAUGGGGUUUGCAAUCUUGCUGCCUCUUACUGCGGUACCUCGCUGGUCCUCUUUCUGCAGGAGAGGUUCCCAGGUCGGAGAUCCAUCGUGUCAGGUAUUGUGACAUUUGCGGUUCUGCUUAGCGCAGGGCUGGUGGCGGCGAAGAUUGUGACGAUAUAG